AUAGACCCAUGAAGAUGUGGGUCUCCAACACAGUUCAAAACCGGAAUCGAAAGUUCUGGAAAUGUCGCAAUGCUGGGACUGGCAAUAGUUGCGAAUUGUUCUUAUGGGAUGAUGAAAAUGGAGACUCCAUCAAAGGCAAUACAGUGAUUCAUCCAUGUUGCAAGAAGUGUGAGGUACUUCAAAUUCAGUUGGAAUCAGUAACAAAGAAAGUGGUGAAAUUGAAGAUUAAGCUUGAAGCGCAGAGAAGGAAAACUAUGCAGAUCCAGAUUGCUAUUUUUAUGUGUUGUUUGAUAGUUGGUUUAUUGUAUAAUUUCAUGUGAUGAUAGCAAUAUGUAUGACAUUGUGUAUUUUGUUGUU